CCGCCACAACCACCCGCAGCCUUUCGCCGGCAGCUUUGAACUUGGUCGACAUAUCACCAGAGUCUUACCCGGACAAAAGCAAGGUCUCACAUUCAAACCAAAGAUUUCCCUACUCCUUCAAUCGAAGGUCUUUUCAAACUUCAACCACUUGGCAUUACACAUCCUUUGAGACCUUGGCUAUAAGUACUGUACAAUACGAAGUACUGUACAUUCAACGCCGCACCGCAGACUCUAGAUUGCCCCUCUGCGACUGGCACACCGAGUUCUCGGCCUUAACGGUGACCGUCUUCGAUUCCGGGCUCUAUCACCUGAGCGCAACCGAACCCCGUGCAUUACAAGGGAAUUUGGCUUCGAUUACUCGCAAGUCAUAACUCGCCAUGGCCAGCUCGUCGACAAGCUCGGCUGCGGCGGCUGCUUUGCUUAAGCGGCAGUUGAAGCAGAUGCAAUCUGCCAAGGACUUGCCAGGAAUCUCGUGCGGCCUUGUCAACGACAACAACAUCUUUGAGUGGGAAGUAAUGCUGAUGAUAAGCGACGACUGCAAAUACUAUGGAGGAGGCAACUUCCGUGCGCAUCUCACAUUUCCCCCAACGUAUCCGCUCUUGCCACCCAAGCUUGUCUUCCAGAAGCCGAUACCCUUCCACCCAAACAUCUACCCGAACGGCGAGCUCUGCAUCAGUAUUCUGCACCCGCCAGAGGAGGACAAGUACGGAUACGAGGCGGCCAGCGAACGCUGGAGUCCGGUGCAGACGCCCGAGACAAUCCUCUUGAGCGUCAUUAGCCUGUUCGAAGAUCCAAACGAUGAGAGUCCUGCAAAUGUUGAGGCGGCGCGGCUGCUGCGCGAGGAGCGGGCGGGCACGAGCAAGGACUUUCGGAGGCGGUGUCGGAAAUGCGUCAGGGAGAGCCUAGGAGAGGAGUGAAGAGGGGAAAGCACAAUGGAUGGUUUCAACGAGGUUGGAGAUCAUGGGUACUGAGAUUGGAUGUUAGGGCCCAUGUUGUCUGGGCUGCCCGUUGAGAGAGGAUGGCCAAGGGCUAAGAGCAGGCUAUGAAGCCGUUAGGGUGAUUGGGACACUGAGACCUCCAGGCUCGUUGCAAUGUCACGAGCAACAGUACAUAUGUUGCCUUUUUGGAAGGUUGCGAGCGAAGGACAGACCACCGAAAAAAUAACCAUAUCCAUCCACACAUAGCAGAAUAUCAUUGCCAGCGCCGUUAACACCAACCAUG